CCAUUUGGUAAAAGCUUGUAUACCAUUCUCAUACUACCUCUGUCUCAAAAUUAUUGUCCACUUUGAGUUUUUCUUUUUAGUUUAAUUUGUAGUAGAACUGAAACUCCAAACUGGAUAAUAAUUAUGGAACGGAUGGAGUAUUAUGUUAAACGUGAGGAAUUGUUGUUUCCAGUUUCCACUGGUUUAAAUUCUCACUCGAGAGUCCAAUAAUUUUUAGUUUUUUUUUUUAAUAAAACAAAGGAUCAAAAUGCCAAAAAGAUUCAAUCUUUCAAUCUUUGAUCAGACUGAUCAUUCAUUUUUUUGGGUACUCAUCAAUCAUCAUCAAAACCAACCACAUAAAUUUGUUUUCUUACGAUCAUUACUGGAAAUGCUUUCAAAUUGAGGGACUAAAAGAUAAACAAUAAUAUCUCAGAAAGAAUCACGCCUUCAAAGUUCAAAAACUUCUCUUCUGAGUUCUGACUUUUUUUCCUCACCUGCGGCCGCCUUUACGACACACUUUUCUGAUGGAGCUUUCAGUUCCUGCUCGUCGUUGUUUCGCUGACUCUACAAUUUCAUCAUCUUCUCAUCUUCAACAGCUCAAUCUUGCAAGAAUUCAUCUCGCAAAAUCGACUCAUAUAUCCUACUGCAACCAAAAGUCUUCACUUCUCGCCGGGAAUCUUCAUCAACCCAUAAAAAAAAGCCGACCCUUUAAGCCCCUUUCAAUGGACCCGCAAAGGAUAGUUCCCCAGGCCACUGAGAAUGGAUCCCCUACAACUUUCUCUGAAAUGGAUAGAGUUGGGGAAGUGAAGAGGGUGACAAAAGAGACUAAUGUCUUUGUGAAGGUGAACUUGGAUGGUAAUGGUGUGGCUGAGAACAGUACCGGGAUUCCAUUUCUUGAUCACAUGUUGGAUCAAUUAGCUUCACAUGGACUGUUUGACGUGCAUGUGAAAGCCACUGGGGACUAUCACAUUGAUGAUCAUCACACAAAUGAAGAUGUUGCCCUUGCCCUUGGAACUGCUCUGUUGCAAGCUCUUGGUGAUAGAAAGGGAAUCAAUCGGUUUGGUGACUUUUCAGCUCCUCUUGAUGAGGCGUGUAUACACGUCGUACUGGACUUAUCUGGUCGACCACAUCUCAGUUUUGAUCUUCAGAUACCUACUGAGAGAGUUGGGACAUAUGACACUCAGUUGGUGGAGCACUUCUUUCAAUCACUAGUCAACACUUCUGGAAUGACACUUCAUAUUCGACAGCUUGCUGGAAAAAAUUCUCACCAUAUAAUUGAGGCAACCUUCAAGGCUUUCGCGAGAGCUCUCAGGCAAGCUACAGAAUAUGACUCACGUCGCCGUGGAAGUAUUCCAAGCUCAAAAGGGGUUCUCUCACGGACUUAGAGACUUGUAUAAUGGAAAGGUGGAACUCGAAUAUGUUGGACCCAGCUUCUAUACUUUGAGCAUUGCUCUGUAGCACCCGGCAAAAGCAUGAUCACAUGUUCUUUUUAACCACAAAAUAUGUUGGUGAUGCUUAUGCACUCAUCUACUGGCCCCCUGGAAUGAAUCAAUUCUGAUGGUGUACUGCAUGUCUGUGAGAACAAAUUCUGUCACAUUUCUACUUUGACUUUCUGGAGUCAAUCACUGCAAAGUGAUUGUACGUAUUGGUAUUUGGUACCCAGUUUUAUGAACUAAGGAUUUGUAACACCAACCAUUCUGUACUACAAACUCUGUUCAUUGGUCGAAACUACUGUGUGUGUUCUCUUUAAAUUUGCAUUGUAGGUUUCUUGUCUUUUCACUUGCAUGCAAAAGGAUUCUUCGGCUCUGGUUAGUGAUUAAAACUUCAUACUUCUUCCUUCACGAAAGUGCAGAAUUUUUAUAUCCAGGGACAGGAAUACUUUUCUGAGUUACAUCAUCCGGGGAACGAGCGAGUUAGAGAUUGAAAACAUACCAGUCUCAAGGAGUAGCUUGUGGAAAUAUUAGUCUGUAUGGAAGUGGGUGUAACAAAAGAACUGGAAAUUAUAUUUCCUUAACAACCACAAACAAGUAGAUUUCUGAGUGAUUAUAAACAAUCAGUAAAAAAAAUGUAGUAUUUCUUUUCCAUGUCCGAGUUAUGUAGACAUGUUUUACAGUUUUCGCAUUUGUCAAAACAAAAACCAGUAACAUAUACAUAGCAGAAACCUAACUCUACAGAAACUCUUCCGCUUUGUCUAAAUCACUAAGAACUUCAGACUUGAUAUCCUCUGGUAAAGGGGCUGAAGGACCUGCCCUAGAGUAAAAGUUGGCAAGGGAUCUUAUUGCUUUCUCAAGCAUCACAUAUGAUUCCUGCGAUUAUCAAGCACGACAAUAUUAGCUCAGGCAACAAAAGACUAGCUUUGUGAUACAUAAUGUACGAUGCAUGACAUUAUCUUCAUGUCUUUACCACACUAUUUAAGAACUCAACACAUGAUACAAGAAAUGUUCACAAAAGCGUUUCAACAUAUCUUUUGCCAGUUGUCUUCUUGAGAGAACUAACAAGCGGAAGUCCUCAAAAUGUUGAAUUUUCUCUCCACGAUCUCCUUUGUAUCACAUAUUUACACCAUGGAUGCAGCACAAAUAUGGCAGUAUGACCACAGAACUUUACAGCGUUACUUAAUUUAGCUUUUGAUUUUAACAUGCAAGCAGUUUUGUACACUAGUUCCUCCUAAAUCAAAUUUGAACAAGAAAUUUACCUCAUUAACUACUGUCUUUUGC